AUGCGAUCCAAAGUGGCCUCGACACAUGGUGAUCAUAACAUCUAUGUAAGUGAAGUUAAGACGGGCCAGUGCAUUUGCACUCUGGAGGGCCAUCCACGUACCCCUUGGUGCAUAGCAUUUCAUCCGGCUUCCAAUGAAAUCAUUGCGUCUGGCUGUCUUGGGGGUGAAGUUAGGGUGUGGGAUUUGAAGGGAGGCAGUGAAGUUUGGACUACUGAAAAGGACACUGUAAUAGCAUCGUUAGCAUUUCAUCCUACAGAUCAAGUUUUAGUUAUUGCUACUUUUAAUGAAAUUUACUUUUGGGACUGGUUUCAGCCUGAACCUUUUGCCACUAUAUCAACUGGAGAUGAGAAAGAGAAAGUUAGGUAUGUGAAAUUUGAUCCACUAGGUCACAAGUUGAUAACUGGCAUUGCCAAUACUUCUGGUGACAGAUCACCGCAGGGGGCCAGUAGAUUGAGUUGGACAAACUCUUCUCCUCCGCUUUCCCGGCUAGAGUUGGUUGCACGUGAGAUUCGCCUGAGCCAUAGAUACAAUCAAUUAUCUAGUCGCUUCCGAGACCUCAUGUCAAGAUAUGAGGCCCUCACCAGCACUGCUUUGAAUAAUAAUUCACAAACUACCAGUAGGGUGGAUCGUGGUACAGAUCCUAUAGAGCCACCUCCAACUUUAGGACAGCAGGCAUUACUGAAUCAAGCAAGACAGUUUGCCCAGCAGGUGACAGAGGAACAGAGAGCCAGUUCUCGUGAUCAGGAUCCAUGUCCAGGUGAUGGUGCUGCAAGAGGGUCGUCAUCUACUUGGCCAACAGCGGAUGCACAAAGCAAUCGAGAAUCGCAGACUACAGGCGACUCAAAUUUGAGACUGGAUGAAGAUUAUGGGCUGAGCGCAGUUCGAACCCUAAGACAGAUCAUCAGUGAUGACAGUGCCUCGUCUUCGAGCCUAGACUCGAGUUCCUCUGCCACCAGUGGAGCCAGUGGCGUUUCAGAAAGGAACACCAGAUUGUCCUUGCUCUGGACCUCGAGACUCCAGCGGCCUGGCGUCGAUUCUGAUAGUGCCGGAGAAGCGUCAAGUGUUCAUAGCUCGGGUGACACAAAUGCUGUUGGUGGAGCAGAAGCCAGACCUUUGCAGUCGGGUGAUAGGGAGGGAGCGAGUGCAGUACGACCCAGUGAAAAUUCUGGUGGGUCAGAAUUCAGACACUUUAGAGGUAGUGAUGGACAGGGCAGUGAUGAUGAUGAUGGAUUACCAAACUUGAACUUACCAUCACCUCCUCUACCAGAUCGUACUGGCACACUCUGGGGUUACUACUCAAGUCGCGGUGUAAUACCUGCCGGGCGAAAUAGAGCAACGCAGGAACGUUUAAGUGCGAGUAAUGUCUAUAAUGAUGAUAAUAACAAUACUACGGGAUCCAGCUUUUUGCCAUUGUUUGUAAAUAACUCUCAGGUAGAUAAUGGUGAAAAUAGUAGUGAGGGAACAAGAAAUACCCAGAGUUUAAGUGUAGAUAAUAGGACGUUUUUUGAUAGGGGGCGCACCUCCACUCGUGAUCCAGCGCCGGACACAACAGGGGAUGAUAGAAGUGCAAACUCCUCCCGUUCUUCCCGUCGUGGGGGAAAUCGUGAUCGAGAUGAAGACCUUGCAGUUCCUGGUCCUUCGGGCUUAUCAAGUAUAUCUCGACCUUCGCCUUCCUUGCAAACUAGUCACCGUUACUCCAAUUCAUCGACAAUUGAUCCUCAGUUUGGAGUGCGGCUCUUAAGUGGACACAUAGAAAAUAUGCAACGUAUAUGUAGAGCACACUUGGAAAUAACUCGGCACCGACAUGAAAUCAGACGUUUGGAACAGAUUCGCUCCAUGUUGUAUGAUAUCCAGCGUCAGAUUCACUCCUUACGUGCAUCUGUUGACCAGUCUAUAGAAGAUUUAAGUGGAUCACUAGGGGACAUAGCCGGUUCUCCAAGUCAGGUCAUUCGACCAAAUGAAGAAGACACGGCAUCUUCUAACACUAAUACUACGGGUGCAAGUCCUCGAUCACUCUGUCACCGUCCGCGAACAGCUCCAAGGUCUGUUGCAAGGUUGCAGAGAGGUCCCUUUGGGACAAGAACACGGUCACGACAUGCACACAGUUCAUGGUCCAUGUCACCUAGUGUGUUCCGGAGAAUCCCACGCUUACGCUCGGUCCGCACUCGUUGUCAUCUUCCCGGUUUGUGUACACCUCUGAGGGGGGCAAACAGCACAACAAAUGAGUCUAAUAGAGAAAGGUUGCCACCUAGAGCACGGACAGUAUCAACUAGACCAUACUCCACUUACAGGGGCUGUGGUUGGGCCAUUGCCCACACCACCACCAGAUGAGCGUCAUGGUCUCAGAAUUGUGUCUGGCGAUUCCAAUCUUACUCAGACACGAACGAUGUUGCGCCAAAACUUUGAGCAGCUGCAAGAGCGUUUAAGAGAAAGGCAGGAAGCAUUGGAACAGCAGGAGCGCCGCCUUCGUGGUUUUCUUGGCAACUCCCCCUCCUCUUCAUCAUCAACUACAUCAUCUGCAGUGUCAUCUCCUUCUCUGGACUGUGAUGAUGAUCCACCAAGUC